CGUGUAGUCUUUUAAGUGCAGGUCGUUUGAUUUCCUAGAUUGCUCCAGACGAAAGACCAUUUUUAUGGUUAUAUUAAGGUAUAUAACGAUCCUGGCCUGAAAAUUAGGACACGCAUGGCACUGGCCAGGACAACAAUUAUUAAAAUCCAUGAAUCCAGGAAGGAUGUACUGCUCAGUGCUCGCAAACAAUCGGCAGUGGACCGGAAUAACAACAGUAACAAACGUCAUACCAUCAGAUGGUUGAUGUCACAAGUAUUUUGUAUACCAAAAGCAAAUGCCGAAACUGGAAAUGAAGAAAAGAAACCAUUAACACUCAAUGACAAAAUCAAAAAGUCUUUAAAAAGUUGCGUUGAAAUUCAUGAACUUGUUCCUAAAAUAAAUAACUCAUUUUAUGAUACCAUAAUGGGAACAAUCAUUUCUAGAUUACUACCGACAUUCAAAGCAGCCGUCGAAUUUUAUAAAGAAGCGAAUAGCGUAGCUGAGUACAUGAUAAAGCAUAAUGGAGCAGAGCAAUUAAUGCGAAAAAAACUAACGAAGCUCGUAUGUAAAAGUAACCGAAAUUCCGGUAAAACAGACUGUGAAAAAUUAAUGCAUUAUUGCUGUGGAGAUUUCUGCGUUGAAAUAUUAGGAAAGUCUAAGUGCACUUCCUUUGAAGAUCCAAUACUUAAAGAAACAAUAAAAAAACAAACCGAACCAGCCCAAUCACCAAUAACAUGAAUUAUGUAUAUGUAUAAAUAAAUAAUAAUAUGUAAUAUGUAAAAAGGAAGCUAUACAUAUAAUUACACUUUUUUAUUAAAAUAAUGCAAAAUAUUACACUAAUACAACAUAAUAUUACACACAACUCAUAACACUGCACAUUAAUGUUAAUUUAUUAAUGGAGCAAAAUAUAUAUUUUAAUUAAAAAUAGCACGGUCCGAAAUUUUAUUAAAAAGUUUCAUUUUAUAACAGUAAUUAAAGAAUAAAAAAAAAGUUCUAACAAAUGACAGUUAUACAGAAACUUUUAUAUAAGUUCUUAUGAAAACUUUUUAACAGAUUUAUGUGUAUUAUACAAAAUAAUAAUUAUUAAUUUAGAUUCCCAAUAAAUAUUAAUUACAAUUUACAAUUUUAUAGCUGACAUCCCUGUAAAUAAAAGUACCUAUAUAAAAAUGGUUUACACAAAUUCAUUUCGUAUUAUUCAACCUCAGGCGACGGUAAUGUUUUUGUUUUGAAUAGUUGUUCGAAAAAAGUAAAAAUCUUUUCUUUUUUAUAGCGAGGUCUCGACUCAUCAUCAAAAUUCACCCCAUAGAUACCGUAUUUAGUUCUAAACAAAAUAAAAAUUAUUAUGUUAUUUGAUAAUAAGAACUACAUAUAAAUAAAUCUUACUUGUAUCCGUCACUCCAUUCUAAAGAGUCCAUAAAAGACCACACGCAAUAUCCGAAAACUUUGAUUUUUCUUUUUAACGCUUGGUCCACCUCGUUUAAAAUAUCCUGAGAAGCAGAAUAUCAAUUUAAUAUUUUAAUAAGUAUAAAUAGACAAUAGUAAAUAUAUGUUAACUGUUAUGAAAUAAAAGCACAUAAAUAAUAAUUAUA